AUGUCUGCCAGCAACGAGACAAACCCCAACUACUACAUAUACGAGGGGAUUCUUUCCCCCGGGUGGAUUUUUGGCCGCAAGAUUGACAACUCGGACUCACAGUAUCGCUUUUUCAGAGACAACUUUGUGCUGUUGCUCGGGUUCGUGGCCAUCCACAAGUGUCUGCGUGUUGCCUCCAGGUACUUGCACAUUUCCCGACUCAACUUUGACCUUGGCUUUGGCGUAUGCUUUGUAUUCUGCUUGCAUGGGUUCAACAGCCUCAAGAUUCUCUUCCACGUCACCGUGGCAUACGGUAUUGCCAAGUCUCUCCGGAAGAGGCCCACGGUAGCGCAGACGGUGCUUUGGGUGUACUGUCUUUCCACGCUCUUUCUCAACGACCGAUACAGAAUGGUGCAGUUUGGUCAGGUGUGGGGUGCCCUCUCCUUCAUGGACACAUUCAGGGGGUUGAUUCCUCGCUGGGACGUCUUCUUUAACUUCACCCUCCUCCGAAUGUUAAGCUUCAACAUUGACUACCUCAAACGGCACGAGGCCGUAGAAAGGAUUACCCACGAGAUCCCGCUGACAAAGCUCAACGAUAAGGCAAAGGUCAGCGAGGAGGACCUGGUCUCUCCGGCGAUCGGAGACCUCUCGUCGACGACGACUUCGAAACCCGAUCACUGCUCCCAUCUCACGGAAAGACAGAGACUCGAGGCACCGCUGCCUCUUUCAGACUAUUCAUACCAAAACUAUAUGUCAUACCUCUUGUACACCCCGCUCUACAUUGUUGGGCCGAUUAUCACGUUCAAUGAUUUCAUCUACCAAUCUAAGCACACGCUUCCCUCCAUCACGUUCAGGAGAAAUAUCCUCUACGGUGUGAGACUCAUCUUCUGUUUCCUGGUCAUGGAGGUCAUCUUGCAUUACAUCUACGUGGUUGCCGUGUCCAAGGCAAAGGCCUGGCAUGGGGACACACCUUUUCAAAUCUCCAUGAUUGGUUUCUUCAAUUUGAACAUCAUCUGGCUGAAGUUGCUCAUUCCGUGGAGGUUGUUCAGGUUCUGGGCACUCUGUGACGAUAUCGAUCCUCCUGAGAAUAUGAUCCGGUGCAUGGACAACAACUUCUCGGCAAUGCAGUUCUGGAGAGCGUGGCACAGGUCGUUCAACAAGUGGGUCAUCCGGUACAUCUACGUCCCACUCGGCGGGUCCAAGUAUCGUAUCCUCGGAUCGUUAGCUGUGUUUUCCUUUGUUGCCAUCUGGCACGACAUCGAGUUGCGCUUGCUCAUCUGGGGCUGGCUUGUUGUCAUAUUCUUGCUUCCAGAGAUUAUUGCCACAAAGCUUGUGCGGCCGUACCGGGACGAGUGGUGGUACCGCCACUUGUGUGCAUGCGGUGCUGUGGUGAACAUCUGGAUGAUGAUGCUGGCGAACUUGUUUGGCUUUUGUCUCGGCAAGGACGGCAUGGUGGCGUUGCUGCAGGACAUGCUGACGACCUUCGACGGACUGGUGUUCUUUGUGUGCUCUUCGGCGUGCUUGUUCAUUGCGUCUCAGGUGAUGUUCGAGCUGCGGGAGUCCGAGCGCAGACGGGGGAUAGAUGUCAAGUGUUGA